GCAGGGUUGCUCUCCUGUUAACAUACGGGUUCUGCAGCAAGCACGCUCUCAUUGGGGGUGGCACUGGGGGGGAUUUACAAGGAGCCGAAAAACAAAAAGAAAAAUGGGGUCAGAGUCGUGAUGAAGUCUGGAGCAUUGCAUCUAUUUUUUUUUGGAUCGACUCAAUAACGGGAAUUAAAGCGGUGCUGUUUUGCGCGAGCGCACGCGUUGAUUUAUUGUGCGCGUGUCGGGUGUUUUUUGAUUUAUUUAUCCUUUUCGUGUUACCUAACAGCUCGGCGCGUCUCCGUCUUUUGUGUGCACGCGACCGGGAAGGUAAAAAUUAAGUAAUAUGUGUGUUUAAUUCAGUGCGUGGUGUGGAUGCUCUCAGUGGGAUGCGGUUUCCUGUAGACACCAUUUUAGAUUAUAGACCUUGUGGGCAUCUUUAAAAAAAUAAAAAAAUAAAAACCCUGAUGUUCAGAUCCACCUCUCUGGGAUGAUUAAGAUCAACAUUGACCGGAUGCUUAUGAAGAUGAUGCUGAUGCUGAUCGUUUUAUCCUCUUGUGAGAUAUUUCAGUAAGGUAAAAGGAGCGAAGUGCAAAGUUCUACAGAGAUAGAUUGACGACUGCACAUGAGCUCUGGACCCAAAGGACUUGAGACUGUCUAAUGGCAUUGUACAUGCAAAUCCAAGGCACUGCAGGUUUUAAUCCUUUCGCAUCAGGACUCUGAGAAUCCCACGGAUCUCCUGAGCUCUUAAAGCCAUGUUCCCGGUUCAUCGACACUCCUUCAGAGCAGUUAAGCUGCUUCUUGGGGCUCUGAUCUUUCUCCAGGCUUGCAGUUGUGCUUUGAGCUCCAGCGGUGAGACAUGCUACUCCAGGCAGCAUCGAGACACUGUUGUGAAUGUGGCCAAGGCUCUGAAUAAUCAGAAGACCGUAAUGGAUAAAAGGAGAAAAGAUGCAGAAAGAGACUGCAUUCUGUCCUGUUGCUCCGAGGAGCUGAAACCAGGUAUAAAAUGCAACAUGGUGAUGUUUAAACCAUUAAGCCAAGAUGGUAUUGAGAACUGCUACCUGUUUCAUUGUGAAACUGAGCAGGACUGCCCCCUGAUGUCAGUCAAGCCUGGGUCUAACACUUACGAUAUAUUCAAAGGUUUGACACACCCUUCUACUAAAGGAAAGGAUCGGGUAUCCACGAUGCCCUUUACGCUGACAAAACAACCUCCUACUCAAUGUACAUCGACAACCAUAAAACCAAUGACCACGACAACCACCACUGAGCCCACCAGUACGACAACUACCACGCAGUCAUCCACAACUACGGCUCCGAGCAAAGCAAACCCCUUCACCACAGCGGCCUCAGAGCUGGCAAUCAUCCUGCUUACAAUGCCCGCUGAUAGCAUGCCGACCACUACAUCGCCUAUGACAACGACAACAACAACACAAUCAACAAGUACAACCACAAAACUACCUUCUACAACUAGCACCACAACAACUAUGCAUCCUGUCCAACCACCACAGCCACCUCCAAAUCCAGUCAGACCAUCCAAAAAGCAGGUCAGGCCACCAAAAAAAAUGGCUAGUAAUAAAGUAGGUGAAAUUCCAACCAUACAGAAACAAGCCACACAGAAACCUGUGAUACCUACUACUGUUUCCACUAGUACAACUACCACUACAACCACUGCUGUUACUACCCCAACAACAACCACGACUACUACAACCCCAACGACAACCACGACUACUACAACCCCAACGACAACCACGACUAUUACAACCCCAACGACAACCACGACUACUACCCCCACCACAACCACAACGACUACUUUCUCGACAACCACAACAUCUUCAGCUACAACCAAGACCACUAUUCCGUCUACAACCACAACGACUACUCCCACUACCACUACCACUACCACAACAACUACAUCCACAACUACCACUGAAAGGACAACUAUAGUCGUCGUAGAGAUGGAGAAUGAUCUGAAAAACGUAGAUUCGAAUUCUGACCCUACAGCCUCUGCUUCAGAUAAGUCUAAAGAGUCACACUUGAUGUGGAAGAAUAGCCUGGCCUUGCUGGUGGUUCUCACACUCAUCAUUCUCACGUUUGUCGUGGCCAUCGUGGGCCGCAGAGCCAUGGAAUCUUUUGACAGGAGACACUACACGAGACUGGAGCUCAACGACCUUCACUACGAGAUCUAACCCUCGACCGAAUCCUCGAUGAUCGUAGAGACAAUCCCGUUCAAUUUUAAGAAGUACCCCCGUUAGUUCACUGAAACGAAAUAUUUUGAAAUGUAGGACUUGAAAAAAGUCACAUCUUCCCCACUCAGAUGAUUGCUGGUGGGAUGGAACAAGAUGAGAUGGAUUUGAAGGGUAAAUGAAAAGCAAUACAAAGACCUCAGGAAGCUACAAAAUGAUAAUAAAAAAAAAAAAUUUGGACUAUAAUACUGUUGGACAUCAUUUGCUAUGGCAGUGCAUUUAGUCAUUAACAUUUCCAUUGUGUAAAACCAAUGAUGAAGCUGAUUUACAGUAAAAACAGCUGCAUAAUCAAAUCUCUUUGUUCAGAGGCUUCAUUUGUACAAUGGCUUGAUUUAGAACCAUAUGAACCAUGCUAGGGGCAAAAUCAUUACUCUAGCCAAGUCAGCGUUUUGAUCUGAUCUGAUGAAACAUAUUUGGUUGUUUUUCAGUUGUUAUGCUGUUCAUUUCAAAUGAUUAACACCUUCGUCGCUUGGAGGGUGUCAAUAACUAAAUGGAAAGACAGAAUGCACUGAAAAAAACAUGCAAUGGUUUUCACGAGCACCUUUAUAAGGCCAUUUCCAGUCAGUACUGUUGCUUCCUUACAGAAAACUGCUUAUCAAACUGUAUUUACUUGCUGUGCAUUGCAUCUUUUGUGAUUUUUUUCCCUUCUAUGUUGUAUUGAUGUGUUUGACAUUUAUUACACCGAUCCAUAGGACAAGUCUCUGAAACAUUGUUUGCAUUUGUGCUGCGAUUCUCUUGUGCGUCUACUACUUCUUGGUGGUAAAUUACAUUAUGUGCACUAUUUUUACUAAAAAAAAAUUUUUUUCUUGACGAGCAGGUGUGUGAGUGUGAAGGUGUGUGUGUACAAGAUAGGUGACUGUAACACAUGCAUGGUAAACAUAGUUGCAAUAUUUGAUGUGUUCCGGUACAGUUUCUAACAUGCUUUUUUUGUGACUUUCACACGUUUUCCAGGAGUGUGUAUCAGGUCAAAAAUCUAAUGUUAUAGUUUUUAAAGACUAAUCAUUAUGUACACAAUCAUAUAGGGCUUUAAGGAACCUGAGCCUUAUGAUGGCGAUCUGGAUGAAGAAGUGAAGUCCAACUAGGGCUGCUUACAAACUGGACUGAAACUAAUCCGGUACCUGUAGAACACAUCGAAUUAGCUGUAACUGCAUUUUUUAACCAAAGGUGGCAGCAGUCACUCAGUCAAACCUACAGCCACCUUCCUGCUCUCGUGCUCCAUUUUAUAGAACAUGGCUUAAUUUUUUUUUUUUUAAUUAUCACUGUAUAUAUAUAUAUAAAUGGUGAUGGUUUGGUCUUGUUUUUUGUGAGUGGUUGCUUUUAACAACAAUUUUGAAUUUCAUUUCAUUAUUUUUUUCUGCCAAAAAAAAAAAUAAAAAAGUCAAUUCUUUGAAUGAAA